GCAUCCCCUUCCUCCGCAGGUGAAACCGGCCGCCACCGCUUCCCCGCAGCCCGGGUUAACGCACAGGCCCGCUGCGGUUAGGCUCGGCCGUAGCGGUUCGCCCCAUUUGGAUCCGCCGGUACUGUCCGGAACGCGGCGGGGGUGAGAGGAGAGAGAGGAGGGGGAGGAAGAGGAGAAUUCCUCCUUAGCAACAAACCGGUUACCCGGCAUUAUUGGGAUGGAUGGACUGCUGAUGACUGUGGAGGAUUAAACUGUUGCCUGGAACAAAAAUCCCCAAAAUGGACCGGAUCACAGGGAUAAUGGUUUAUUGAUUUGGGUUUAAAGCUGGACUUGUUUCCCUUGGUCUGCCUUCGAAAAACCAGACAAGUGAGGUUGUGGUGGGGUCACUGCAGUGUAGUAGCCUCAGGGACAGGGCUAAAUUAUAAAGCAGAGGAUUACUAUAGAAGGUCUGAAAUGCUUACAGGUCUUAGUAUUCUUCUACAAAUCUGAAACUACCUUGAAUUAGCAACAAGAUAUAGUAAAGUAAGGGACGCUUUAAGGUCUAAUUGUCCCUAUUUAGAAGAGGAACAGUAGAUCUACUCUAAACUACAUAAAAAUUCUAUAGACCGCAAUUAUAGACUCUUUAUUAUAACUGGAAUGUGUUCUUCCUGAUACAUUUUGAGGACCUAAGUAUCUUUCUUCCAUUUGAAUAUGGCUCUCUGAUUGGAUUAACUCUCAGUGCGACUGGAAGCUCCUUCAUCAUGUCUCUGAGUAAGACCCUUGAGUUGGAGCAUUUCGACGAACGGAACAAGGUCCGCCGGGGACGCUCUACCCGACCUAAAAGAGAUGACUCCACCGCCAGCGGUGGGGGAUCCGGCCCCAGUUCCAGGGGCAGCAGCCUGGUUCCCAGUCCUGCCCACAGCGCCAACUGUAGCUACUACAGGACCCGGACACUGCAGGCCCUCACCUCGGAGAAGCGAGCCAAGAAGGUCCGGUUCUUUCGCAACGGGGACCGGUACUUUAAGGGCCUGGUGUACGCCGUUUCUAGCGACAGGUUCCGGUCGUACGACGCUCUGCUGAUGGAGCUCACCCGAUCAUUGUCAGACAACCUUCAUCUGCCGCAAGGAGUUCGUACAAUCUACACCCUAGAUGGCAGCAAGAAGAUCACCAGUAUGGACGAGCUUGUGGAAGGUGAGUGCUACGUUUGUGCCUCAAACGAGCCUUACCGGAAGGUCGACUACACAAAGAUCUCCGUCCCGAGCUGGAAACCCGGCGCCGGCUCCGGGACCGGCGCGUCCACCUCCAGCCGGACGUCAACGGCUUCAACCGGAGUGUCGACGAGCACCAGCGCCGUCUCCAAAGAUCGGCCUGAGGGUCGAGAGAGCAGAGAGAGCAAAGACUUCAUCAAACCCAAGCUGGUGACGGUGAUCCGUAGCGGCGUAAAGCCUCGCAAGGCCGUCAGGAUCCUGCUCAACAAGAAGACGGCGCAUUCCUUCGAUCAAGUGCUGGCCGACAUCACCGAGGCCAUCAAACUGGACUCUGGGGCUGUGAAGAGGCUCUACACACUGGAUGGAAAACAGCUGACCUGUCUGCAGGAUUUCUUCGGGGAUGACGACGUGUUCAUGGCGUGCGGUCCGGAGAAGUUUCGGUACGCUCAGGACGACUUUGUGCUCACGCAUUCUGGGAAAACGGCAGCCUUCGUCAGCGAAUGCAGGACCAAAUCGACUCGUCCAGCGGCUCCUCAGAAAACUCCAAAGACUCCCAGCAGCUCUGGCUUUACCUCCUCCAGGACUCCUCCUAAAGGUCUGUCCAGGACAAAGUCACCUGGUUCAGGGAACGAGGCGUCAGGAUCCCAGUCAGCUGGAAAGUCAAACAGAUCCAGUCCAUCUCCUACCAGUCCUGGAGCGCGACGCAACUUAAAGAUCUCUCCUCGCCGGGCCUCUUCCACGGAUGUGAACGGGGAAGCCGAGCAGCCAGACGACGCUGAGGAAGUGAACGGAAACCGGUCCGUCUCCUCCUCCAUCAUCAACGAGAAGUACAAGGUGGGGAAAGUGAUCGGAGAUGGAAACUUUGCUGUGGUGAAGGAAUGUGUCGAGAGGGCGACUGGACAGGAGUACGCGCUGAAGAUCAUCGACAAAGCUCGCUGCUGUGGGAAGGAACACCUAAUAGAAAACGAGGUGGCGGUCCUGAGGAGGGUCCGACAUCCCAGCAUCAUUCAGUUAAUCGAGGUGGAUGAGACGCCCACUCAGCUGUUCCUGGUCAUGGAGCUCGUUAAGGGAGGCGAUCUUUUUGACGCCAUUACCUCCUCCACAAAGUACAGUGAGCGUGACGCCAGCGCCAUGGUGUUCAACCUGGCCGGAGCCAUCAAGUACCUGCACAGGAUGAACAUCGUCCACAGAGACAUCAAACCAGAGAACCUGUUGGUGUGUGAGUAUCCUGACGGCACCAAGUCCCUGAAGCUGGGAGAUUUUGGUUUGGCGACGGUGGUGGAAGGUCCGCUGUACACCGUCUGUGGCACGCCGACAUAUGUUGCACCAGAGAUCAUCGCUGAGACUGGCUACGGUCUGAAGGUGGACAUCUGGGCUGCAGGAGUCAUCGCCUACAUCCUGCUCUGUGGAUUCCCUCCUUUCAGAAGUGAGAAUAACGUCCAGGAGGAGCUGUUUGACCAGAUCCUCAGAGGGAAACUGGAGUUUCCAUCUCCAGACUGGGACACCAUCAGCUUAUCAGCAAAGAUGCUGAUCAGCCAGAUGCUGCAGGUGAACGUGGACGCUCGCUUCACUGCUGAGGAGGUCCUCUCUCACCCCUGGGUGACGGAUGAGGCACCAGGAGAGCCCAACACUGUGAGCGAACCUGAAGAUCACGUCAGCGAAGACGCACAGGAAUCAGAUCGUGAAUCUCCAGUCCUGGAGACCAAACAGGUUCCCUCCCCGCUGGUCUAGCUCACCCCCCCUUUCAUUGUGAACCAUCCACCCCCCCACUCCAAGACCAACACCAUCCAGACUGGAGAACAAGUCUAUCCGCUAGGAUUCAAAUAAUCCACGCUUCAAAAUCUCCGUUUAUCUACCAGAAACCAUAUUCAUAUUUUCUGACCUGCUUCUUCUCAUCUUUUGGGAAGUAAAACAAAUACAAAUUAACUUAAUGUAAUUAAAGCUUCUGGAACAAUCUAGAAAAGUUAUGUUCCUUUAAUAGUGGUGAAUACAUAUCAGGUAACGUCCUCUUAGAUAUAAACCCGAUCAGUGGGUUUAAAUCAACAGUUUUUCUGGAUUUCUUCCAUAUAUCUACAGUAUUUCCUCUCAGCUCUAAUCAGAAGUAUCAGAUAAUGUUAAAAAUUCAGCCAUAUCUAUGCAUCAUUUGUUAAAUGAAAUACCGUAUUUUCCAGACUAUAAGCGUCUACUUUUUUCCCCACACUUUGAACCAUACGGCUCAUAGAAGGUGUGGCUUUUCUGGAUCUUUCCUAACUGCCAGAGGGGGGGUGUAAAAGUUGAAAAUGAAAGAAUAACGGGCUAAUCUUCAUCUUGAACAAAAAUAUGCAACAGGUACCAAUGGCGUAAUGACACAACAAUAAGAAACAUUAUCGGGCAACCUUGAGCUUCACAGCUCCCCUCCUCACCCACGCUCUCCCCAUUUAUCUCCUGGUCACAAUCUUUACUCCCUGUAACAGCAACAUCUCCUUCUCCCUCUUCGGUUCUUUGAAAUAACGUGUUUAUUUUGGAAGUUUUUUCCAUUUUUCCAGCAGCUCAUCUUUCCUUUUUCUUUUCUGGAAUCUGCUUUAGUACCUCAUUUUGGUAACCAUUGUCGCUAACGCAUUGUACGAAACGGUUAUGGUUUCAGUCAACACUUUGGAUUACCCAUAAUUCCAAGUCGUAGUGUAAAAAAUGAAAUACUCAAAUACAUCAUUCUCUUAAGAUCUUUAUUGCGGUUUGAAACAUAUUAUGUGAGUGUAUUUUUUACCAACCGUCUAAUGAACU